GCCCCCCCUCAGCUCCCCGCUCCAUCGUGAGCCAGAUCAACGACACCAUGGUGACUCUGGAAUGGAGCGAGCCGCUGGAGCGAGGCGGACGAGGAGACCUGACCUACAGAGUCCUGUGCUCCAGCUGUGGAUCCGCCUCAGCCACCAAGGGAUUGGUUGGUUCCUGUUCUCCGUGUGAUGACAGCGUCCUGUACCGCCCAACUCAGCGCGGUCUGACUCAGCGGCGUGUCGUCGUCUGGGGACUCCACCCAUACACUAAGUACACUUUCACCGUCCAAUCGCUGAACGGCGUCUCUGCUCUCAGCCAAUCAGAGCCGGCCUCGGACAGAGUCAACAUCACCACCAGCAGAGACGUUCCUGCUCCAGUGUCUGGCCUGAGGAGGACGGCGUCCUCAGAGAACAGUCUGACGUUAGAGUGGAACGUUCCGGUUCUUCAGAAUCAGUACCACAUCCUGGACUACCAGCUCCGCUACAGUCCCAAG